GGCCACUUCAACUUCCUCUUCUGAGGGAGCACCAAGAGAGCUACAUGCUCACCAGAACUUCAUCAAGCAAAGAGAUGAAAGCAAGGUGGCUCUUCUCUCUCUUUUGUUUGCUCUCAGUGCCCUGUGUCACAGGCCAGCCUGCAGAUGUCAUUCCCCAGAGGGAAGUGGUCCAUGCUCUGCCAGGUGCUGACGUGACCCUGCUGUGCGUGUUCCCAAAACCGCCCACCACCCACAUCAUACAGACACAAUGGUCCAAGACUGAUGGCAGCCCAUCUACCAAAAUAGCUGUAUUUCACCCCACCUAUGGCACCCAUUACUUCACGUUUUCUGAGGCUCCUUACAACUUCUCUGUGUCCUUCAGCACAAGGAGGUGCUGCAGUGGGGAUGACACAGUGUCCCUCUGUUCCACCAAUCCAAAUGCCACCUCUGAAUGCAAUUGGUGGGCUCUGCAUCUGGAAAAUGUUACUGUGUCCCUUAGUGGGCAGUACGAAUGCACUUUUGCUACUUACCCAUAUGGGACAAAGGCUGCGAAAAUUCAACUUACUGUCAAGGCAGAAGCUUACCCUGAGAUCUUUAUUAGCCUGCAGGAGGGCUCAGCCAGCACUUCACAGAAGCCCAAUGUGAGCUGUGUCGUGAGGAAGGCGUUUCACAAGCCAAGCCUCCUGUGGUACAUGGACAGAGCGAGCCUGAUGGAGAAGCCUGGAGGUAAAGCAACCUGUCCAUGGGGAAACAGCAGGAGUGCAACUUGUACUUUGCACAAGGAAAUGCCCAACAGCUUACCCCAACAGAACAUCAUUGGUCAGAAACAGCAUUAA